AGACUUGCUACCUCUUAUUUCUACGAGCAUUAAGUUGGCAACUGGAAGUUUAUCUGUCGGCUGUGAGCUAAUGAUUCACUUGUUUGGAGAUGUUUGCAUUAGGUAUUUUACGUUAUAGCCGAAGUGUUUCCUAACUGCCUCAGUUUUUUCCGGUUUUAUAUGAUGUUUUCCAGUUCUAGUCGGAGAUGGAAGCAUUUUGUUUGUUUAUUUAUUUAUUGUUGCUUAGACUAUUGCUGGAAAAUGUUUAUAUCUAGGAACCCAUUGCUGAAGAUACAAAGGCGUAGAUAUUGUAAAAUAUUUCUUCAAUCGGACUUCUUGCUACUUGUUUUUGGCUUGGUGAAUUUCUUAUUUUCUUUGGUGCUGUUGUUUCUCGACACCUGAGCUGCUGGCUACAACGCCUUGAAGAGACAUCGCCCACCCCCACUGGAAGGACACAGGCUGUCAGCGGAAUAACGCCCCAAAGUAGCCUACUACUUCUACUUUUGGAUGCGCUCAUCCCUUCUGAAGACCAUUCGUGCCUGGUUAUAUUACUGUGAUGAACCGUUGGUGGCGCCUUUGCCUCAGUCCUCCUUCGAGAGCUCGUCCAAGUCCUCCAACAGUCACUCCCCGUACCUCGCCAAGCUCAACAGCCGAGACGGAGGGGGCGGGUGGGCCCCGCGGCGGGCGGACAGGCACCCGUGGCUGCAGGUGGACCUCCGGGACAGGGUGGAGGUGACGGCCGUCGCCACGCAGGGUCGCCACGGCAGCCUGGACUGGACGACGGGCUACGUGCUGCUGUUCAGCGACACGGGCCGCUCCUGGAAGCAGUACAGACAGGAGGACGGGGUGUGGAUGUUCCAGGGCAACACAGAUGCAGAAGGAGUGGUCCACUACAAGUUCCCCCAGGCUAUUAGGACCCGGUUCCUGCGCUUUGUUCCGCAGGACUGGAACCCUCAGGGCUGGAUGGGGCUCCGGGUGGAGGCAUACGGCUGUGCAUACAAGUCCGACGUGGCGGAUUUUGAUGGCAGAAGUUCGCUGCUCUACCGGUUCAACCAGAAGUCCAUGAGCACGGUGAAGGAUGUCAUCUCGCUCAAGUUUAAAAGUCAGCAGGGAGAGGGGGUGCUGGUGCACGGGGAGGGCCAGUGGGGCGAUUACAUCACCCUGGAGCUGCACAGAGGCAGGCUGGCCCUGCACCUCAACCUGGACGAUGCCAAGCUCCGCUCUGGGAGUGGGCAGGUGUCGGUGACCCUGGGCAGCCUCCUGGAUGAUCAGCACUGGCACUCUGUUCUUAUCGAGCGCUUCGGUAAGCUGGUCAACUUCACUGUGGACAAGCACAUGCAGCACUUCCGCACCCAAGGAGAGGGGGAUUCACUGGAGGUGGACUAUGAGCUCAGCUUCGGAGGCAUCCCGCUGCCCGGAAAGCCAGGGACAUUCCUGAGGAAGAAUUUUCGAGGCUGCAUUGAGAACCUCUACUACAAUGGUGUCAACAUCAUUGAUCUGGCCAAGCGGCGCAAGCCCCAGAUCUACAGUGUGGGUAACGUGACCUUCGCUUGCUCGGAAACGCAGCUGGUGGCAGCCACCUUCCUGAGCUCCAGCGGCAGCUUCCUGCUGCUCCCGGCGGAGCCUGCUGCUGAAGGCGUGGCCGUGCGCUUCCAGUUCCGCACCUGGAACGCCGACGGGCUGCUGCUCUCUCUCCCUCUGGCCCAGGGCUCCGCCCACCUGCUCCUCCACCUCAGUGGGGGCCAGCUUUGCCUCACCCACCGCCACUCAGCGCUGGGGCAGUCGGAGAUAUUGACUGGGCACAUGAUGCAUGAUGGUCUAUGGCACUCUGUGAAUCUCACCGCCAGGGGCUUGCUGGUCAACUUGACUCUGGAUAUUGGACUGGCCUGGGUCCUGCAGCUCGACCACCACUUUGCCGCAGGCAGUGCGCUCUUCUUUGGAGGAUGCCCCGGGGUCCCGGCUGAGCCCGGAUGCAAGAACCCCACCUCGGCUUUCCAGGGGUGCAUGCGUCAGAUCUUCAUCAACGAUCAGCUGGUGGACCUGUUCCGCGUGCAGGCGGGGCUGCUGGGGAACUACAGCGAGCUGCAGAUCGACGUCUGUGGCAUCUGGGACAGAUGCUUGCCCAAUUUCUGUGAACAUGGAGGGCAGUGCUCCCAGUCCUGGACUGCCUUUUACUGUAACUGUUCUGGGACCGGGUACAGUGGAGCCACCUGCCAUAACUCUGUUUAUGAACCGUCAUGCGAGGCUUACAGACAAACUGGGAGCUCUUCUGGCUACUUCUCCAUAGAUCCUGAUGGGAGUGGUCCCCUGGGGCCCAUGCUGGUUUACUGUAACAUGACAGGGGACCGGGUAUGGACAGUGGUCCCCCACAACAGCACAGAGGCUGUAAGAGUGAAAGGCUCCACGCUGCAGAGACCCUACAUCAUGAGCUUCAACUACAAUGCCUCGCCCGAACAGCUGCGCACACUGGUGACUGGAUCUGAGCAGUGUCAACAGGAAGUGGUCUAUCAGUGCAGGAAGUCCCGCCUCUUCAACACCAAAGUUGGGACCCCGCUGUCCUGGUGGAUGGACAGGAACGGGGAGCGACGCACUUACUGGGGGGGCUUCUUGCCUGGAGUGCAGCAGUGCUCCUGUAGCCUGGAUGGCAACUGUAUUGAUAUGAACUACUUCUGCAACUGUGAUGCGAAUAGAGACUCCUGGGCAAAUGAUACUGGACUCCUCUCUUACAAAGACCAUUUGCCAAUGAGUGAAAUUGCAAUCGGGGACACAAACAGGACGGGUGCUGAAGCAGUCUACAAAAUCGGGCCACUGCGUUGUUAUGGGGACAGAUUUUUUUGGAAUGCAGCAUCUUUCUACCUGGCUUCGUCGUAUCUCCACUUCCCCACCUUCCAGGCUGAACUCAGUGCAGGCAUCUCCUUCUACUUCAAGACAACCACACCCUCUGGGGUCUUCCUGGAGAACCUGGGAGUCAAGGAUUUCAUCCGCGUGGAGCUCAGCACUCCAUUGUCAGUGGCAUUCACCUUCGAUGUGGGGAAUGGCCCGGCGGUGCUGCUGGUGAGGUCCCACCUUCCGCUGAAUGAUAAGCAGUGGCACUACGUGCGGGCGGAGAGGAACGUGAAGGAGGCCUCCCUACAGGUAGACCAGCUGCCCCUCCGCUUCCUGGAAGCCCCUCCCAAUGGUCACUUCCGCCUGCAGCUCAACGGCCAGCUGUUUGUGGGAGGGACGUUGUCGCGGCAGAGCGGGUUCCUGGGGUGCAUCCGGGCAUUGAAGCUGAACGGGCGGACGCUGGACCUGGAGGAGCGGGCGAGGACGGCGCCCGGAGUCAGUCCUGGCUGCCCGGGCCACUGCAGCAGCGACAGCUUGUGCCAGAACGGCGGGCGGUGCGUGGAGAAGAGGGGCGGCUACGCCUGCGACUGCACGCACUCUGCCUACGGGGGACCGCACUGCAUGAAAGAGGUGUCGGCAUCUUUUGAGAGGGGUUCCUCCAUCACCUACACCUUCCGGGAGCCGGUGUCCUUCCUGCGCAACGACAGCGGCCCGUCCUCCGGCGCCCGCGGCGACGGCAGGAAGUCCCGGGCGAACGUGGCCUUCAGCUUCCUCACCACGCAAGCCCCCGCCAUGCUGCUGACCGCCAGCGCCCACCCUCAGCAGUACAUGGCCGUCACUCUGGCGCACAACGGAAGCUUACAGAUCUGGUACCACCUGGGAAAGGAGAGCACGCCAGAGGUGUUCAUCCCACAGUCAACCAGCCUAGCAGAUGGGCAGCUCCACCGGGUUCAAAUACACCGGGAGGGGAAGGAUGUUUAUGUCCAGAUUGACACAGACAUUAGCCAAAAAUACAAGCUGAUGUCUGAGUGGAACACAUUAAAGUCCCUGACUUUAGGAAAAGUCACAGGAAGUGAGGGCAUGGAUGAGGAAGUGGUGCUAGCGGGUUCCAGGGGAUUUGUGGGCUGCCUCUCCGCUGUCCAGUUCAACCAAGCAGCGCCACUCAAGGUGGCACUGAGGAAUCGGGGAAGCUCAUUGGUCAACGUACAAGGCCACGUGACUGAGUCAAACUGUGGGGCGUCGACCAGCGUGAGCACCUUCACCACCUCCUACUCCCUCUCAGAUCACUCAGAGAACAUUAACAGAGGUAAAGAACCUCUGAAAAAUGCAAACCAAAGUGAUUCAGUGGUAAUUGGAGGCGUCAUUGCAGCCGUAGUGUUCAUCACCCUCUGCGUGCUGGCGGUAAUGACCCGCUACCUGUACCAGCACCGGCAGUCCUCGCAGGCAGGGCCAGGCAAGGAGAAGGACCACCGGCACAGCCUGGACCUGUCCCGCCGCACUGAGAUGGACCUCCAGAGCUCGGCACGGGACAGGAAAGAGUACUUCAUCUGACCCCCUAAAAACCACCGCAGCGCCGCUAAUACCGCCCCCAAAGCCCUCCCCUCCUUCCCCGCCGCUCCCCUGUUUCUGACCGCUCAUCUGCCUGGAAUGAGGUCUGUGGGGAGUGGCCGUGGCUGCGGCUUCAGACUUCUCAACUGGGCAUUCUCCGAAAUGGGGGACAGACACUUUCAGACUAUAGGUAGCAAGUAGGCCAAAAAAAAAUAACUCAAAUUUGUAGUAUUGUGGGGAAAAAAGUAAGGGGAGAGGACAGGGUCAGUACAUAUUUCUGUAGACCGCUUGUGGUGUGCGUGUUAAAAAAAAAAUGUGAUAAAAUUGAACACAGGCUGCAAAUUGAUUGGUCAAAAUUCUGAGGCCUAAGGUUAAAGCACCGGAACUGGAAAGGUCCAGAGCAGUGAAAACAGAAAUGUAGCCGGAACCAUAUUCUGUACCCGUGUCACAGCUGGAAGGAUUUGCAUUUUUCAGGAGAUAUUCAACUCUUACAAGGGCUGCAGCCUGAUAAUGCUUAUGCUAAAACACUAAAAUAUACAGCCUAACACACAGGACACCCUGUCCCCCUAUCCUCCCAUCCUCCCCCAUAUAUACUGGGAGUGGAAAGCACAAGGUUUGUGAAGAUGGGACUAGCAGUUUGUCAGAGGUCAUUUUUUGGUAAAAUGUUGAAGGUUGGUCUUUCAUAUUUCUGUCAGUGAUAUUUCUGCCAUCAACGGUGAUCAAGAAAAAUCCAGAACAUCGCCAUGCAGUGUCUUAUACAGUUAUCCCUUGUGUUAACCCACGCAUGCACUGGCUUGGCAGUGUUUCUGUAAACUCCGACAAAUGUCAAUGUCAGAACUAUCUGCUGAACCCCAAAUACAUGGAGCUGUCAGAUGAAUUGCAGCCGGCCCCCUUGUCGUUACCGUAAAUACAGUCCCUUUGACCGCAUCUGUCUCCUGCUGUAUUGUUUGAUGGAAGCAGCUGUAGUGUCUUCCAUCUGCUGUCAACAUCUGUUCUCGGCCCGCAGGAAAAGAACACAUCAAAUCCUGCUGACAAUUCCGUCUGCCCAAGGGCUUUGAUACGCCCUCAUAAACAGGACAGUUAUUUUCAGAGGCUCCCUACCCUCCCCCUCCCUGUGUAACAGGUCUAUCACUACUUUAAUACCCCUGCCUUUCUGGAUUUGUGUUCCCCCGCCUUAGCGUCUGCCUCAUUUUUAGUAUACACCAGUAAGCUGAAGUCAUGCACCAUUUCAGUCUAAAUAAAAAAUACUGGAGAACAGAACAAGGCUGGGUACUUCCUAGUGAUGGGAAGUGAAGCUUUGUGAGCCUCAUAAUUGGUGAAUGAACCAUGUGCUGCCUGUCACUGACUUAUAUAAAUAUCCAGGUGGUAAUCUCCAUCACAAUGAAUUGUUAUGAUUGGCUGAAAUCAGUGAGUGAGUGAUUGAUAGCACAUGGUAGCCCUGUCCAUGGAGUUCAUGAGACCACUUUCUCCCUUCUGUAUUCAUUUUGGUCCUGGAAGGCAGGAAUUGGCUUUCCAUAAUUGUUUAGUGCUUGUUUCUCAUUAGGUAGCCUGGGGAAUCAGUGAAAGUUCCUUAGCAACACACACUCACCUAUGAUUGGUUACAAGUGGAGUUUCAAAUGAACAAAUGGAAGAAAAAAAAACAUCGCUGAAAAUUCACAAAUGUUCACAACCAUGAAUUUAGAUCUAUCUACCACACCAUACUUUUAGAAUGGCCACAAGGGGACAAUACAGUGAUUGCAGUGUUUUAUUGUGUUUAUUCAAACCUAUUCAUCUAUCCAUAUUCCAUCACUGCACUUAAAAUAAAUUUGGUCUUGGUUCUCUAUGAAACGUUAGCAACAGCUGCACAUACUGAAGCGGACCCAUGUCCAUCCAUUUGGGAGACAUUUGUAUGUAUAAUGCAGUGUCAAUGGAGUUCUUACAAACCUGGACUCAAACUCAGUAGUCUCAAGGUUGAAGUUAGUCAGGAAUAUCCAUUUUCUUUUUACAUUGUGCCCAGAUCCCAUCCAGCUGUGAUGCACUUUAUGAUGUACUGAAGCGAAGCAUCAGCUUAAUUUGAUUUUAUUUCUUUAUACCUACGUGCUUUUAUUUUAUCAUUGGGCACUGGGAGUUCAUUGGGAGUUCUGUCCGGUCACUGGAAAACAUUUUGGCCAACAAAAAAUUAGGCAAAUUAGACGAAAACAAAAAACAAAACAAAAAAAAAAUUAGUUUCACUAUACAACGCGUGUUCUGGUUGUAUUGAAUAGGGGCCAUGUCUUGUUUUCAGAUGCUAUGUGUCUAGUGUGUCCCACAUCCAGGGUAUAAAAAAUCAGAUGUGUUAAUGCAACAAGUCUGGGGAGAAAAAGGUAUUUGCUACUAUAUUUGCAAUGAACUGCAUCUGGCUCGAUAUUAUGGUGACCAUAGUUUGAGAGAUCAAAGUUGAAAUUUAAGUAGAGUUCCUGGUGGGGAAUGGCGGGGGGGGGGGGGGGGGGGGGGGGUGCACUGUCUUUAGUGUGGAUCAUUGAUGUUUACCAUAGAUGAAAGUAUUGCGGUGUGUCGUAAAAGCCUUAUCGUAGAAAGCGGUUUCUCUUCUUUUAGCCUAUGAGUGAGAUCUGUAUGGUUAUUCAGGCCGGAGACCACCUCCCCGCCCCGCCCAACCCCGCCCCAACCCCCACCGCUAAAUGGCUCAUUCCCAGCAAAGGCGCAGACACCGCUGGGGCAGUCCAGGGCCUCAUCUCAGCAUGAGCGACAGGACAGUGCCCCUGUCUGGACACACGGAGUGGGGACAUACUGUAGAGAGCUGCUGACUUGGGGAGAAAUGGUGAUAAUGAUAUAAGCAGGCACUCCAUGCAGAACACUGAAUUACUGGCAGUUCUUGUUUUAGCUGGUCAUUUUUCGAGGACCUCGUAGGAAAAGAUACAAGCAAACCCGUUGCCUGACGCGUUCUUUUUUGAAGUGCAUUAUGUCCUUAUAAACAAGUCGUACAAAACCUCUCAGACUCUUCUCAUUUAUACUAAUGUUGAUAUUCUGGUUUGUUUUCUAUGGCUAUAAUUGUACAUGUACCUUGUAUAUAGGUUUAAUAAUUAUAUUUAAUAAAGAAGCAUUUUUACA